UAUCAGAACAACAUCUCUAUGCUAAGGCACCUAUGGUUUUUAUCGAAGUGGAGGUGAAAUCUGGGGGAGGACAAAAAAGAUAAAAACGGACAGGGGGAAAAAGUCAUGGCUUCGUCUAGUGGUCUCUUACAUGAAGAGCAGCUCCAGUGCUCCAUCUGUCUGGAUGUGUUCACCGAUCCUGUCUCUACUCCGUGUGGACACAACUUCUGUAUGAUCUGUCUCAACGAGUUCUGGGACAGUACUUCACAUUACCAGUGUCCAAUGUGCUUAGCAGAAUUCCCCAAAAGACCAAAGCUCCGUGUGAAUACCUUUAUUUCUGAACUGUGUACUCAGUUUAAGAUGUCAGUUCAGUUGAAAUCCAGCAGCAUAGCAGAUCAACCUUCAUACCUCAAACCUAAAGGAGUUCUCUGUGACACCUGCACCAAGGAAAAGGCUGAGGCUCUAAGGUCCUGCCUGGACUGUGGGGUUUCUUUAUGCAUUACUCAUCUGUUGCCCCAUAAAACUACAGUUAAAUUAAAAAAACACAAACUGAUCGACCCUGUGGAGAACCUGGAGGACUACAUCUGCCAGAAACAUGAGAGACCCCUUCAGCUGUUCUGUAGAGAUGACCAGAUGUGUGUGUGUCAGUUCUGUAUUUUGGGAGACCACAAAACUCACAAAACUGUUCCUAUGGAGGAGGAAAUUCAAGAGAAGAAGAGUCACCUUCGGGAGACACAGAAACAUGUUCAGAAGAUGAUCCAGAACCAAGAGGAAAAGAUUGAGGUGCUCAAACAGUCUAUUGAACUCAAUAAAAAACACUCAGACAAAGAAAAAACAGAAAGCAUGAAGAUGUUCAGUGCUCUGAUGCGCUGCAUUGAGAGAAGCCAGGCUGACAUACUUAAGUUGAUUGAAGAAAAGCAGAAAGCAGCAGAGAGGCAGGCAGAACAAUUGAUCAGAGAGCUGGAACAGGAGAUCGCUGAGCUGAAGACAAAAAACAAUGACAUGAUACAGCUCAUAAAUACACAGGAUCACCUUAAGUUCCUACAGAUUUACCCAUUUCUCCAUGGACCUUUACACAACACCAACUGGAAUAAUGUCAGAAUUCAUUCUCCUCUGAGUGUAGAGCCACUGAGGAGAGCUCUGCGUCAGCUUCAGGAGUCUCUCAAUGAGGAGAUUAAAAAGCUCCCAGAGAUUGAACUGAAGAUAUAUCAACAAUAUGCAGUGGACGUGACUCUGGAUCCUGAUACAGCAAAUUCUAAACUUAUUCUGUCUAAUGAUAGGAAACAAGUGAGAUACGAGACCAAAGGACAGAAUGUACCUGAUAACCCAGAGAGGUUUAAGCGUUGUGUCAAUGUUCUGGGAAAAGAGGGCUUCUCCUCAGGGAGAAUUUAUUAUGACGUGCAAGUCAGAGGAAAAACAGCUUGGGAUUUAGGAGUGGCCAGAGAGUCUGGAAACAGGAAAGGGGAAAUUAUAUUCAAUCCAAAGAAUGGAUACUGGGUUGUGAUGCUGAGAAAUAGGACUGAAUAUAAGGCUUGUGAUUCUCACCUAAUUCCCCUUACACUGAAACAGGCUCCUCAGAAGGUGGGGAUCUUCGUGGAUUAUGAGGAAGGUUUGAUCUCCUUCUAUGAUGUUGAGGCCAAAUCUCAUAUUUACUCUUUCACUGGUCAGACUUUCACUGAGAAACUCUAUCCAUUCUUUAGCCCUUGUCUUAAUAACGGCAGUAAAAACUCAGGACCGCUAGUCAUCACGUCUAUUGAACAUUAUUUUUCUACAUAACUUCACGGAAUGAAAAUUAAAGCAAUAUAUGCAGAAAUUAGACAACUGCUUUUGAGGUUAGAAGAUAUUUAAUUAAAUAUUAUAUACUAUUAUAUUUUAUUUUACUUGGUGUCUGCAACCAGAAAAUAUUAGAAAAUAAAACUACAUAAAUGAGUAAAGAUUUUUGGAAAGAUCAUGUUUUUUCUUUGAUGUGUAAAACAAAAAAUAUAUUUCAAAACAAUUGUAUUUGUUUUGUACUUUUCACCAUGUACAUUGUGUCAAUGAAGAUUUACAGAAAUAAAAAAUAGGGAACAAAAAUGACAAAGUUUACAAUUAAAUUGAUCUUCUACUUUUGGAUUUUCCCAUUAGGGUAUCUCCUCUUUGUCCUUCCCCUUGACCUCUUACCUGACAGCUCCAUUUCCAAAAUCCUUCUACCUUUAUAACCAUCUCCCUCCUCUGUACAUAUCCAAACCAUUCUGUCACAGUGUAAGUUGAGUAUUAAGGCACUGUGACUUGAAAUAACCAUAGACACAAGUUUUCAUUUAUCACUACUAUUAUUUAUUGGGCAACAUGUGUGUAUAUAUAUAUAUACGCACACAAAGAUUGCAAACACUCACCAGCUUCCAUUUUCCAAACCUGUGCAAUAUACAACCUGGGACUUUUAUACACUUAACAUGCUGAGAAGCCAUUUUUGUGUGAUGUAAUAUGGGUCACCAGUUCAUGCCUGUAUAAAAAUGUAUUGUUUUGGUGGUGAAAGUCUUAAUGGGGGUUGGACAUGUGUUGAAUUGUAUGUUUGUGUUUAUUUAUUUUCAUUAAUGCAGAUGUUGUUGGCCACUGAUUGUUGCCCAUGUUCCUAUAGUUAGAGGAGAGAACCCCCUACCAAUUUCAGAAUGGUUAGAUCCAGGGGCGGGACUAAGAGAAUAAAAUGGCUCCCAUACAGUCAGUCUGGGUGGGUUAUUGUAACAGUUGGUGUUUGUAGGUGGUGUACCAAGUAAAUGCUAUGGUCUUACUGAGUGUGGGCACUAAUAAAUCACCCUUCACCUGA